ACAUCACACGAAGAAGGAGAACAUUUUCAAAAUGGGACAAGAUUAUUAUGAAAUACUCGGCCUUACGAGGAGCGCUACUGAUGCUGAUAUCAAAAAAGCGUUUCGAAAAUUGUCGUUAAAGUAUCACCCGGACAAAAAUCAGGAGGUUGGAGCUGAUGUGAGGUUUAAACAAGUUGCAGAGGCGUACGACGUACUAAGCGAUCCUAAAAUACGAGCUAUCUACAAUCAGUUUGGUGAAGAAGGCCUCAAAGGAGGAGUUCCAGAAAAAGAUGGAUGGACCCCUGGCUACACUUUCCAUGGCGAUCCUCACAGAGUUUUYAAAGAAUUCUUUGGUGGUGAUAAUCCAUUUGCAGAGAUCUUUGAUUCAUAUGAUCCUGACAUCGGAUUUGGUGGAAUCCACGGCAGAGGAAGAAGAAAGCAGGAUCCACCAAUAGAAAGAGAGCUGUAUCUGACACUUGAAGAGGUGUUCAAGGGAUGUGUCAAGAAAAUGAAAAUAUCAAGAAGAGUAAGGAAAAUAGAGUAG